AUGGUUGAUGGUAUUAAGACCAAACGUAAAAUAUCUUGGCAAGAAGUAAAGCAGCAUUCAACGUAUGCUAGUGCUUGGAUUGUUAUUCACCAUAAGGUUUAUGAUAUAAGUCAAUGGGAUUCACACCCUGGUGGUAUGGUCAUGUUAUCCCAAGCAGGAGAAGAUGCGACUGAUAUAUUUACAGUGUGCCACCCGACAAGUUCAUGGAAACUGUUGGAGCAGUUUUACAUUGGUGACGUAGAUGAAAGCACAGCAAUGGACACUGAGACCCUUACGGACGAGCAAAAGAUUAAGAAGGCUAUGGUAGAUGACUUCAUUAGUGCUUACCGUCGUCUACGCAUAAAGAUUAAAGGCAUGGGGCUCUAUGAUGCUAGCAUGAUGUUUUACGGCUGGAAGAUUCUUAGCACAUUUGGUCUUUGGAUGGCUUCGGUGGCGGUUUGCUAUCGUUUCGACAACUGGCCCAUGUACAUACUUGCGGCUUGUAUCAUGGGCUUGUUCUGGCAGCAGUCGGGAUGGCUUGCACACGAUAUUUUACACCAUCAAGUGUGGGAGAACCAUAUGAUCGGCAAUGUCAUGGGUGUGAUUAUUGGCGAUAUUUGGAUGGGCUUCAGUAUUCAGUGGUGGAAAAACAAGCACAACUUUCACCAUGCCGUGCCCAAUUUGAUUGGUGACAAGAAUACCGAAUACCUGGGCGAUCCUGACAUUGACACAAUGCCUCUGCUGGCUUGGAGCAAGCAGAUGGCUUCAAAAGCGUACGAGUCGAGCUGGGGACCAUUUUUCGUGAGCCAUCAAGCCGUGAUCUACUUUCCACUUCUGCUCUUUGCUCGAUUUAGUUGGCUGCUGCAAAGCUAUUACUACGUGUUUAAAGGUUUCGCAUUUGGCAAGUAUGACCCUGUGCUUCUUCCAAAUGGUGAAAAAGCUGGCCUUCUCCUGCACUACAUGUGGAACCUGCUGCUACCGAUCGUGACGGGCAUGUCAAUUGCUCAGGGUCUAGUGUUUUUCAUGGUCGCCCAAAUGACGUGUGGCGGUUUUCUCGCGGCAGUUUUUAGUGUUGGUCACAACGGCAUGUCAGUGUACGAACGUGAAGACAAACCGGACUUUUGGAAGCUACAAGUUACGACGACACGUAACAUUACGCCGAGUUUCUUUAUCGACUGGUUCUGUGGCGGUCUAAAUUACCAGAUUGAGCAUCAUUUGUUUCCUAUGAUGCCUCGUCACAACCUCCAAAAGAUAAAUCCAUUGGUCAAGUCUCUUUGCCAAGAGUACGACAUUCGUUAUCAUGAAACGCAAUUCUAUCACGGGCUUGUUGAGGUUGUUGAUGCAUUGGCUGAAAUUAGCAAGGAAUUUUUACUUGAAUUUCCUGCCAUGUGA